ACGAAAGAAUGUGGUCAAUCAUAUUCAGUGUCUGCGUGAUCGCCUUCACGCCGACCAGCUCGAUGGAAGUUAGCGAACCUUUCCCGAUUAACUUCUACGGAAAUCAAAUAGGUCAUUUACAUCCGUUGGUUUUCCCGCAUUACAUGUCGACCUAUAGGCGAUCGGGAGACACCAACCAGUACAACUAUCGCCAACAAGUUGGAAGACGUCACGAAUACCAGCCUACGUAUUAUCCAAUGUAUCCACCUGUUGGUACGUUACGCCAAAACGACCUGCAACCGGUAGACCGGAGGCUGUUUGGGUAUCAAGAGAACGAAGAUCUCUACAGGGAAACACCAAGCACCAUCAGGUUCUUUAAUGGCAUAGCAAGAGGACCUGAAGGCCCAACUGGUCUACCGGGACCAGCAGGUCCUGCCGGCCCUCCUGGAGCUCCCGGUCCUCAAGGACCUGCCGGGGCACCUGGACCUGCAGGUCCUGCCGGAAAGGACGGGGCUGACGGUCUGCCCGGAACGAACGGACUGCCCGGAAAUGAUGGAGCUCCUGGAGCUGAUGGAACUCCCGGAGAUCCUGGACCCGAAGGCCCACCAGGAGUUGAUGGGACUCCAGGUGACCCCGGAGCAGAUGGCACCCCCGGUAAUCCAGGAGUAGAUGGUACCCCAGGUAAUCCAGGAGUAGAUGGCACUCCCGGCACUAAUGGAGAUCCUGGAACUCCCGGUGAACAAGGACCACCUGGUGAGCAAGGUCUACAGGGGUUACCUGGUGAGCCAGGAACACCAGCUUGAAAUGUUCCGUGUCUUGCAAAAAAAAAAAUUUACGAUACAAAAUCAUCAUAACGAUGACACAUUAAAGCGUAGUUUCUUUGGGGUUCUGUUGGAUGGCGGUUUCAAUGCAUUUCUUUUAAUUGGAUUGGUUUUUAUAUGGAAAUACUAAUUAUUGCCCACUGCUUACUUUUGGGUAUA